AUGGCGGACGACAUUCUGCUGCUGAAGGCGCGCGAACUGGCUGAAAGGUUCAAUAUUGACGCCAAGCAACUCCGUCUCAGCAACGGCUGGCUUCAGAAGUUCAAGAAGCGCAACGGAAUUCGUUCGCACACGUUGUGUGGGGAGGGUGGAUCUGUAGAAGACGAUGCUGUGCGCGAUGGUCAACGGUCACCACUCUGGUUCGGGAGACUACGUUGA